UAAGGCGGUGACGGGGGCGCAGGUACCAGUACCUGGUGGAAAUGGUGGCGCACCUGGUGCGGGGCUAGUUCGCCGCGCACCCCAGAACCGUCAACAUCGAUUUCACAAGCCCAUGUCCAAAAGCAUGUUCCAAAAGCUGUCCGAGGAUUAUGCGAAAUUCAAGCGCUAUGUGAAAUGGCUGUAUUUGCUCUACGAGCUGAACACACAGAUCGCCAUCUGUGAGCCCUGGGAAAAGGUGUUCCUGAAUGUGCUUCUGGGCAGCUUUGUUUCCCUAAUUCUUUACGCAUCCGUCGCUUUUGUUCCCGGCUAUUGUGUGACUGUCUUCCACCUCCUGUGGCCAAUGGAAACAAUGCAAAAUCUCAACCGCGCUUGCAAUUCGAAUAUCGAGGGCUUCUGCGGCAACGAAAGUGGAGCAUUAAUAACAUAAUCUUAGUAUAGCUUAUCUUAAUCAAUAAAUAAUUAAGAAAAUAA